AUGAUGCUUGAUCUUCGGCAGUCCACCACCUUUGUCGCCCGUGUCGUCGAACGAAGUGUUGUGGCAGAAUUCCAUUCACAUCCCUCGUGUCGGAGCUGGGACUGGAAGAGCCUAAAUGCGGUGAACUUCCAGCCAACGUUGUCUGUCAACUUCAUCUUCGCUGUGCAAGCAGCUGUCCGUGUUUUCCUCUUUUUCGGUAACGGCUUCACUCUCUUAUGCGGUAUAGCUGCAGCAUAUGCUGAGAUGAAUCUCCUGUUGAUUUCGUGUGUACUGCUUUCAUUGAAAUUAAUGCCCAUUCCUUUUUCGUUAGCCGUUUGGCGUGUUGUUGAGGGCGAAAGACGGAUUUAG